AUGUACCGAGUUAGUUUAUUUUUACUGUGUAUCCUACUUCUAAAUUAUCCGGUGAAAGGGGCAGUAAUAGCAGAUACCGGUGAUAUCGAUGAACAAGGACUAUAUAGUAAGUCGGAUCAUGUUAUCAUAUUAACUAAUCGAAAUUUUGACAGAAAAGUUUAUGGUCAAAAACAUGCCUUAUUAGUGGAAUUUUAUAAUAGUUAUUGCGGGCAUUGUAGAGCCUUUGCUCCGAAAUUUAAGAGUCUGGCAGCAGAUAUAGUAGCAUGGAAGGAUGUUAUACAGUUGGCUGUUCUUGAUUGUUCUGUAGAUGAAAACAAUGAAAUUUGUAGACGAUUUGAAGUGAUGGCUUAUCCAUCCUUCAGGUACAUACAUGAACAUUAUGUUAAAGGUAAUGCCAAUAUUGGUGAACGUUUUCAAUCUACAGAUUCUGCUGAAAAGUUAAAAUCACAACUCAUUGUUAAAAUGCAGGCAGAGCAAAGUAUGGGGCGUCUGAUUUUCUCCCCAUCCCUUAACAUUGCUUCUUAUGCUACAUAUAUAUCAGCGCUAAGUGAUGUCCCGAGUGAUGUUUUGUACACAUUCUUAGUAUUUGAAAAUGCAAACUCCACUGUUGGCUCAGAGCUUGCUUUGGAUAUAAAUGAUUAUAAGCUGAUCAGAGUUAAAAGGGUCUAUGAUACUAGUGAAUUGGCAAAUGUUGCUGGAGUCACACACUUUCCUGGUCUUGUUGCUUUAAGUUCUACUUUGGAACCCACAUCAAUAACACCAAAGAAUCCAACAAAACAGACUUUGCUGAAAGCUAUUAACACAUUCUUAAAAUCUAAAAACUAUGCAUUCCCUGUCCGUAAAAUAGACACACAGGAAUUGAACAUAAAUCUCGACUCUGAUGAUAAACUGUCCCUUAAUUCUGACAUAGUUUAUUACAGUGAUUUAGAAAAAACUAUAAAGACAAGUUUACACACAGAAAUUAUAAGACACAAAAUAUUAAAGGAUGAAGCUCUAAAAGCCCUUUUGAACUAUUUAGAUGUUCUCAUAAGUGCAUUCCCUUUUAGAGGUAAUCUUAAAGCCUACAUAAUAGAUUUAGCUGAGACUCUUCGGACCAGAAAGGAAUGGAGUGGGAGUGAAGUAUAUGAUCUUGUAAAAAGAUUAGAAACUAAUCAUGCACCAGUGUACACAUCCGACCUAGAUUACAUAGGCUGUAAGGGCAGCCUACCAAAAUACAGAGGUUACACAUGUGGCCUUUGGACUUUGUUCCACACACUGACAGUUAAUGCAGCAAAGAACGCAGGCACAGAAGGGCCUACAGUGUUAAAAGCAAUGCAUGGAUAUGUAAAAUAUUUCUUCGGAUGCACAGAAUGUUCUGAACAUUUUCAAGUAAUGGCAGCUAGAAACAGAUUAUUUGAUGUAAAAGAAAAUGACAAGGCAGUACUUUGGUUAUGGAUAUCUCAUAAUGAAGUGAACUUAAGGCUGGCAGGGGAUAUAACUGAGGAUCCAAAACAUCCUAAAAUUCAGUUCCCAAGUGUUUCUAAGUGUCCUGAGUGUAGACUUGCUAGAGGUGCUUGGAACUUACCUGCAGUGUAUCAAUAUCUUCAAAAUAUGUAUGGGUCUGAAAACAUUCGAGACAGUAGAAGAUUAGCAAGUUCGAGUGUAGCUGCCAGCCCUUUCUCCGACUUGGAUAUUGGAAUGUUAAGCCUCCUAUAUAUGGCGGCUUAA